GAAUUUCAACUCGCAAGCAUCGCAUCGGUAGAAUUCGUCAGAAUAGCGCCGAACAUUAUCGUACCCAGAACGGAAAUGGACGACGGCAUUCAAGGAUUUUAUAAGGACAAGGUGGUGUUCCUCACAGGCGCCACCGGGUUUCUGGGAAAAGUAAUAAUUGAGAAGCUCUUGCGAACGACGGAAGUGAAACGCAUUUACUCUAUGAUCAGGUCCAAAAAUGGUAAGGACAUGCAGGAACGUCUCGCCACUUGGAAGAAGGACCCACUUUUUGAAGUCCUGCUGAAGCUAAAGCCGGAUGCACUGAAGCGAAUCUCCGUCAUCGCGGGCGACUGCGCGGACCCUGACCUGGGCAUUAGUGGGUCAGAUCGCAAACUUCUGGUUUCUGAGGUGCAGAUUGUCAUCCAUGGAGCAGCCACGGUGCGCUUCAAUGAGCCACUUCAUGUGGCCCUGGCCAUCAAUACACGUGCCACGAGACUGAUGCUCCAGUUGGCCAAGCAGAUGAAGCACCUGGAGGCCUAUUUGCACAUCUCAACGGCGUUCUCCAACUGCGUUAUUUUCCGCAUCAAGGAGCAAUUCUAUCCCGAACACCUGACCUGCGGCUCGGACGCAGUUCUGGCCAUGAGUGAGCUACUGAGUGAGCAAAUGAUGGACAAGCUGGCACCCACGCUAGUUGGAGACUUUCCCAACACCUACGCCUACACCAAAGCCCUGGCAGAGGAUGUGAUCCUCCGGGAGUCCGGCGACCUUCCCCUGAGUGUCUUCCGACCAUCAAUCAUAAUCGCCACCUAUGAAGAGCCUGUUUCCGGUUGGAUGGACAAUCUCUACGGACCCAUCGCUUUCGUUUACGGCGCGAGCCAUGGCGUCCUCCGCCUGACCACUUACAAACCAGAUGGUUAUUCCUCCUUGGUGCCCGUGGACUACUGUGCGAAUGCGGCUUUGGCCAGUAUAUGGCAGACAUCCAAAGAGAAAUCACAACGAGAUACCACAUCCCAGCCCGCCAUCUACACCUUAGUACCCAGUGAAAACAAUCUACUAGCCAACCCGGACUUCAUCGACCACAUACUCAGCGUCCGCGAAGAUUUUCCAUUGACCAAGAUGAUAUGGUACCCGUUCGUACACAGCAUUUCCAACCCGCGACUUUUCCGUCUAGUCGCCUUCUUCUAUCAUACUUUACCUGGCUAUUUCUUUGAUCUAGCCCUGAGACUCACGGGAAGAAAGCCCCGUCUGGUGAAGCUGUACAGAAGUAUACAUGUGAACAUUGCGAUGCUAGAGUACUUUUUGCAUAACAGUUGGCACUUUGAGACGAAGAGCAUAGAUCGGCUGAAAGUGUUGAUGUCUGCGGAGGAUCGGCGAAUAUACAACUUCGAUAUGGAGGCUUUGGACUGGAAAAAUUACUUUCGGAAGGCCCUCUUCGGCAUGCGACUUUACCUGGCCAAUGAACCUCCAACAAAGGAAUCUGUCGAACAGGGUCGGCGACUCUUGCACCGAUUGAAGUUCCUGCACUACAGCUUUGUGACCCUACUGUGCGCCUUAGCUGCCUUCUUGGUGUGGACCCUUGUCAGGUUGUUCAUUUAGAACCGGAACAUUAGAACUAAGAAAAACUCUGGGUGUUCAUUGAAUAGACUGUAGUUUAUAGUUUCAAGCAAUAAAAUAACAAUUGAAAUUAA